AUGGUAUUCGAACCAUCGAGGUACCAGGACCAGCGAACCUGGAAAAUGACGCCUGCGAUGAUUAGAGCCAGGGCCCCCUUUUUUAAGAAGAAUCUUGCGGGGCUUGCACUUCUGGUCGGUGUCACAGGCGGUAUCUACGUCUACACUUACAGAUUCUUGAAUAAGGACAAUGACUUUGCGGACGUGCCCAUCCCUCCUAUCGACGAAAAAGAGUUGGCACAAUUGAAAAAGGAAUACGAACAGCACAAGAAGGAUCGAAAGAAUCAGAAUUGA